CCAGCCGCUGGACGUGCUUAAAGCCAUGGCCGAACCGAUACGUGCUUUGUGCGAUGAGCUUAUACAAGCUGUGAAUGUGACGAUGGAGGCAGAAUCCAGUCAGACUUACCGCCUGGAGGCCCUUAAGUUUAUUGAAGAUUUCAAAGAGAAAAGCCCCUUCUGCGUUGAAUGUGGACUUCAGUUAGCGGAGAAAUCACAGACGGCAGUGGUCAGACACUUUGGGCUGCAGAUACUGGAGCAUGUAGUCAAGUUUCAGUGGAAUAACAUGGCACCACAAGAAAAGCUCCGGCUGAAGAAUUGCACUAUGGGCCUGUUGUCCGAUGGUACACAUCCAAUUCUGCAAGAGGAAUGUCAUGUUAAGGAUGCGCUCUCACGCAUAGUAGUUGAGAUGAUCAAGCAAGAGUGGCCGCAGCACUGGCCGGACAUGCUGAAGGAGAUGGAGGCCCUGGCUGCUAUGGGGGAUGCUCAGACAGAACUCGUAAUGCUUGUCCUGCUGCGGUUAGCUGAGGACGUGAUCAAAUUUCAGACAUUACCCCCUCAAAGACGGCUAGAUAUCCAGCACAACCUUACAGAGAAUAUGGACAGCAUCUUCACCUUCCUGCGGGGCAUUUUGAUUAUGCAGCUUCAUAUGAAUGAGUACAGAAAGUCGAAAUGUGCUGCUGGUCAGGAAUUGAAGACAAAAGUUCACUGGCGAGUUGGUGUGGCCACUCUCAACACUCUGGCUGGCUACAUUAAUUGGGUUGAUUUGAGCCACAUCACCAAUGAAAACUGCCGUCUUUUGGAGAUCUUGUGCCUGUUGCUUAGCGAACCCGAGCUUCAGUUGGAGGCUGCAGAGUGUCUGCUAAUUGCUAUUAGAAGGAGAGGUGAUUUAGAGGACCGCAAGCCAUUUUUGGUACUCUUUGAUGAAGUCAUAAUGAACUAUAUCCUGUCUGCUGCACAAUCAUCGGGUGCCGUCGUGGAAAGAAGAUACACCUUUUUGAAGAGGCUGUGUCAGGUUCUCUGUGCCCUGGGUAGCCAAAUCUGCUCUCUAGUGGUGAGAGUUCCUGUUAACCUGAAUAAAUACAUGGAAGCUCUUCUUGCCUUCACUACUCAUCCCAGCCAGUUUCUGAGGUCGUCCACUCAAAAGACCUGGGUAAACUUAUUCUCACAUGAAGUUAUUUCGUGGGAUCCUGCAAUUUGCCAAAUGACCAUCAAAUAUUUAAGAUCAGCAAGGAUCAAUCUUGUGAAAACUGGAUUUCCCUCCAAGAAUGAUUGUCCAGGUUGUGAAUUCUCCAGAGUGGACUUUGAUAGUGAUGAAGAUUUCAACUGCUGCUUUAAUUCUUUCAGGGCUCAUCAGGGGGAAGCAGUUCGUCUGGCUUGUAAAAUUGUCCCGUUUGAGGCUUUUCAAAUUGCAAGGGAGUGGGCGCAGUAUCAGAUCAACACACCUAUAGAUACUGGGAAUACAACACGUGAGAGCUGCAGUGCGUCAUCAAGUAGGGGCGUUCUCUGUUCUGCUCUGUCCCCUUCAGCGGUUCAGUGGGAUGCCAUGACUUUCUUCACUGAAAGUGUAUUUGGACAGCUCUUCAAAAUCCUUGAAAAAGAGAAGCUUCCCAUAGAUGAGGGCAUGGAGCUGCUGCAGAUGGUUGUAAACUAUGAGACAAGAGAUCCUCUCAUUCUGUCCUGUGUUCUUACCAUCAUAUCCACUCUCUUUCCCUUCGUCAAACACCAACCUCAGUUCCUGCCUCAAGUACUCGAUAAGGUAUUUACUGCCAUCACGUUUGAACUGGUUAAUGAACGGUGGUUCAAGGCACCUCGAACGCGAGCUGUAAAGAACGUCAGAAGACAUGCCUGUUCUUCCAUCAUUAGGAUGUGUCGAGAUUAUUCAGACCUUAUUCUGCCAUGCUUCGACAUGAUGUAUGAGCAUGUGAAGAGGUUGUUCUCAAAUGAGAUGCUGCUGACACAGAUGGAGAAGUGUGCUCUUAUAGAAGCCCUGAUACCGAUCAGCAAUCAGUUUAAAGACUAUAACAAGCAGAAAGCCUUCCUGGAGGAACUCAUGGCACCUGUUACUGCCCAGUGGCUGUCAGAGGAGAUGAGGAGCGUGUUAUGGGAUCCUGCUACCUUCUUGGCAUAUGUUGGUGCUGAUCAGGUGGUCAGUGACCCUGACACAGAGGACCAGAUGGGUAUCAACAGGUCACGGAUUAGUUUGUGUGUAUACACCAUACUUGGCGUUGUGAAGCGUGCUCGUUGGCCUGCUGAUCCUGAGGAGGCAAAAGCAGGCGGCUUUGUGAUCAGCACUACCUCUGAUGGGACCCCCAUCUACAGAAACCCUUGUGCAGAGCCUGUGCAGGCCCUUCUGCCCAACCUUUUGGCCCUCAUCAGGACCCAAAACAGCUUGUUCUUGCCAGAGAACGUAAACCGGCUUAGCAAGACCUUUACUAGAGUCUAUAAUGAUAUGGAUAUAGAGAAGAUUUCUGAAUUAGGAAUUCCUCAACACGUUUUAAAUUCCUAUGGCACUCCAUUGUACAGAAACAAUGUUGAGCUUGGCUUCUUCUCCUCACUCUACAGAAACUGUUACCAACUGCUUGGGAAUGCUGCUCCCUGCUUGCAACAAGACUUUUAUGCUAUAGAGGGCUUGGCAGAGCAGAUUGUUGGUUCGGCCUUCAUCCAUCUAGACAGUCUUCCAGACCACAGGCUCCGUCCCCUAGUCCAUGUCUUCAUGAAGCAGCUGGUCAUGUCCUGUCCUCGUGAGUACUAUGACAGCCUCCUCCGUCCCUUGCUGGGUCCAUUAUUUGCCUUUCUACUGCAGAGACUGAGCUUUCGGUGGCAGAUCAUCAACCAAAGGACCGUCAACCAAAGGACCAGUCUGAGUGCUCAGGAGGAGGUCUAUGAGAAGAACCAUGUGACUCAGGAAAUGGCGGAGGAGCAGCUGUUGCGGUUGGUCACGCGAGAGGUCAUUGACCUAAUUGAGACUUGCGUGAAAAGAAAAUGUCCAAAGUUAUCAGCAAACAAAGAGGACGCAGAUGGUGAGUUAAUGAUCACAUUCUCCAUGUAUCUUGGGAUGGUGUCGAUGAAUUCCUCAAAAGAGAUUCAUGAGCUCUCAGAAUUGGGCAAGCAUCUUCUCCAAAGUGAGGAUAUUUAUAUGAAUCUCCUGAUUGUAUGUUUUAAGUCCCUUUCAUGGAAAUUAAACUGUCAACAGACUGCUGGUUUGCUCUGCUGGACUUUGCUAAAACAGGUGCUUGGUGGUAACCUGCUUCCGGAGGCUGUGACGUGGCUCUUCGCCAGUGUACUGAAGGGUCUGCAGAUGCAUGGGCAACACGAAGGCUGCAAUGCUGCACUGACUCAUCUGGCCUUGCUCAUCUACGAGGCUCUAAGGCCUCGAUACGCUGAGCUGCGUCUCAUCAUGAAUCAGAUCCCUGAUAUCCAAGUUGAUGCCCUGGAGCAGUUUGAUCAGAAGGCCAUGAUCCAACCCGCUGUAUCAAAGGCAGGAGAGAAGAAAAAUAAAGUGCAGUUUAAAUUGCUCAUUGCAGGCAUUGUUAGGAAACCCCUAGGACAGCAGUUCAAGGAGGAAGUACACAUCCGAGACAUUCCAUCUCUGUUUAAGAAGCCAAAACCUACGAAAGAUAUGCUGGAGAACACUGAUGCUGCAGGUCUGAUCGCUCUAUUCUCUCCUGACCGUGACCAUUGCUGAGGGAACCACAGCUUUACCACACCCUCACUUCAUUGAGCCUCUUGUGUGUAGUACAGUAUCCAGUCUGAAAGGCCUUUUUAAGGCA